CUCUUGGUCCGUAAGGCCUUCGAAGGUGUAAACUGGUUACCCCCUCUCAUCCACUGUUGUUGUUGGUUUGUUGGUCGUCUGUUCUCCGACGACUGUAUUAUAGACUUUUGUUAAUCUGUUCGUACCGUCCGUAGCAGCACUAACUGGUAAAGAUGGCGAAAUUAACGCUAGCGAUACUGAUUUUGGGGUGCUGCACAUGCGCCGUGUGGUCGGUAAACGACCGGUUGCGGGAAGUGUUUAGCUGGCGGCAAUUGGACUUUGUGUUCCCGGACCAGAAGACCAGGCAGGCGGCCAUCGCCAGUGGCGAGUUCGUGCAGGCGAACAAUUUGGCACUUGGACUGGAGGUGUGGCGGGACAAGCUGUUCAUCACCGUGCCCCGGUGGAAGGUCGGAGUGGCGUCCACGCUCAACUACGUGUCCCUCGGAUCGGAACCGGAAAACCGAUCGCCCAGCCUGAUUCCGUACCCGAACUACGAGCAGAACCGUUUGGCCACGAAUUCGAGCGAUCGGAUCGUGUCCGUGUUCCGCAUCAACGUGGACGUGUGCGACCGGCUGUGGCUGGUCGACACCGGUCUGCAGGACGUGUGGGGCGAGGCCGUACAGGUGCAGACUGCCAAGCUCAUGGUGUUCGACCUGAACACGGACACGCUGAUCAGGCAGUACACGUUCAAAGCCGAAGACAUGAAACCCGACUCGUUCUUCGCCAACGUCAUCGCGGACACGACCAAGGAGACGUGCGACGACGCGUUCGCGUACGUGCCCGACCUGGGCGGUUACGGCCUGGUCGUGUACAGCUUCGCGACCAACACGUCGUGGCGCGUCAAGCACCACUACUUCCACUUCGACCCGCUGUCCGGCAACUUCCACGUGGGCGGCCAGAACUUCCAGUGGACCGACGGGAUAUUCGGCGUGGCGCUGUCCCCGGUCAAGGAGGACGGGUACAGGACGCUGUACUUCCACCCGCUGUCCAGCACCCGGGAGUUCUGCGUGUCCACGCACAUCGUGCAGAACGCCAGCAUCGCGUCCGACAGCUACUACGAGUACAAGGUGCUGGGCUCCAGGGGCCCGAACACCCAGGCCAGCGGGUCGUCGCUGGACGAGAACACCGGCGCGCUGUUCUACACGCAGAUCAACAAGGACGGCGUGGGCUGCUGGAACUCGUUCCGGAACGCGGACGAGUACUCGGCCGACACCAACCACCUGGUGGCCACCGACAGCCAGACGCUCGAGUUCCCCAACGAUCUCAAGGUGGACAAGACCGGCACGCUGUGGGUGCUCUCCGACAAACUGCCGCGGUACCUGUACAUGGGCCUCGAUGCCAACGAGAUCAAUUACAGGAUCUUUAACGCCCCCGUCGUGGACAUAAUCAAGGGCACCGUUUGCGACAUCAAAUAAAAUGACACGCAAUAAUAUUAUCGUAUAGUACGUCGAUUAUACGCGUAUCAUACGACCUGUACACACUACGCCGUCGUGGUAUGUCAAAUCGUCUGUGUAUAUUAUUGUCCAUACACCGUCAUCGCGCUGGUUCCUCAUAUAUACCUCACGCAAUCCAGCACAGUACUCAUAUUUUACACUCUCUCUCUCUCUAUAUAUAUGUAUACACAUAUAUAUCAUAUCAUCGCGCAUAACGAUUUAGUAUACGUGCUAUUUAUAUAUAUAUAUAUAUUAUCUUACGUUUUAUUGAAAUAGACACAUAUUAUACAGUAUUAUUAUUUUGUAUGUUGACUUUUUUUCAAUAAAAAUAUUUUUGAACA